AUGACCACCAUUGAAGCCUCUCCUCCUGAUCCGCCGAAAGGUGAAGAAGGCUCUCCCGGAAAAUCCUUUCGGACAAUAGCCGAUCCUCGAAAUGCGAGCAACACCGACCUCUCCAGAUCCGAAUCUGCAUCUUCGAGACAUCCCGAUCUCAACAGCGAGGUUGCAGCCCUGAGCGAGAGGCUCAUCAGUGCCAUCAACCAUCAGACCACCCUCGAUGACACACUAGCACAAACGAAGCAAGAACUAGAAGCGUCCAGGGCAAGGAUCGCGCAGCUGGAAGUCGAGGCGCGAGAGUAUGAAGAAAAGCUCGCCCGUGGGGAUCUGGUCCCAAAAGAAAGCGUUGAAGAACAGAACAACAAGCUAUGGGCCGAAUUAUUGGAGGAACGGAGGCAAAAGACACAGGUCCAACAGGAAAAACGUGGCAUCGAGUCCGAACUGGAGAACCUGACCGCGGCGCUGUUUGAUGAGGCGAACAAAAUGGUGGCAACUGCCAACAGGGAUCGUGAUGCCACCGAGAAGAAACUCCAGCAACUUCGAGAUAAACUCAAGGACGGGGAGGCCGUCAUUGCAUCUCAGAGUGAGCAGUUGGCAGAACUCAAGGAACUCAUGCAGCAAAUCGGUCCAGCCCAAGAUUAUCGAAGAGAGCUUGACUCGCCUCGAGUGUCUCUAGCACCUUCGAGUCCAGGUGUCGCAAGAGAAGACAACAACCUCGUUCGGCUUCUUGAGGCCAUGAAUCUGUCGCCUGCCGAGGUGGAGCAGGGCGAAGUUGUCCCGGGCCCGUCGACGCACCUCACCUAUCUGAUCAAACCUAUCUGCCGGACAGAUAUUCCUGCCUACGAGGAUUUCAGAAACCUUGUACAGAGCUCGCAUUUCCGCUCGCACAAUGCAUCUCACGCUGCAUCUCGAGCUGGGUCAGGCUCAUACGGAGGCCUCAAUAUGAUGGGUCUUGGCUCGCUGAACAAUAAUUCGAACACGAAUCUACCACAAACGUCUCAACCAGCAACAUCGAAGCUCGCCAACUCUCCCAAUCUACCUGGGUCGUUCAGUCCCACUCCCGAUAGCAAAGGUCCUAUACAACUCAAAGAUACGCGUUUCUACAAGCGGAUCUUGGUCGAGGAUAUCGAACCGACACUACGAUUGGACCUUUCCCCAACCUUGUCGUGGUUGAACCGUCGCAGCAUCCUUUCCGCACUUGGUGAUUCGACACUCAUUGUGGAACCUAUACCCGAACACUCCAUGAAACUGUAUGGGAGGUUCACGCCUUGUGCGCUUUGUGGCGAGGCCAGGAAAGAAGGUGAGAACCCGCGCACGCACGCAAUGAGAGUCCGCGAAGGCGAGGGUGCAACCAAGUGGUCGAUCUGCAUGCUGUGUCUGGAAAAGGUGCGUGGAGUGGGCGACCUAGUUGCCUAUGUACGCAUGGUACGCGAAGGGGUGGUAAAAGUCGGAGACAGGAAGGAUGAAGAGGACGCGUGGGAAGAGCUGGUCCGGCUAAGAGAACGGUUAUUCUGGGCCAGGAUGGCGGGCGGCGUCAUCCCAGCGUUCCUCCCAACGCCCAAACACACCCCCAUCGAAGAUGGGAAGAUGGACAAUGCAGACAGUGGUGAAGGGGACGACAUAGGGAAGGAUAACACUGCUUCCAAUGCGGGCGCCGGUACUCCGCCACAGCAAGCCAUUGAUCAGACUCCGGACUCGACUCCCGGUGCUACACAACAUCCAGAAUCCGAUACGGGAUCUGACCAAGCAGCGCAAUUUCAGCUGCAACAAGGUCUGGAUGAAAGUCUGACCACGUUCGACAACUAUAAAGAAAAGAGGAUGAGCAAUCAUGCUAGUCCUCGGAGCUCCAGCACGCCGCCGGUCACGCCGCCUCGUCAACAACGGCAUAUCAAGCGUCAGUCGUCUAGCGGAGGCGGCAUCGGCUUUCCAAAGAUAAACAUCCCCAAACUGCCGAACGGGUUUUGGGAGGGCCAGGUCAAUACACUGCGCUAG